AUGUACUUUCAUAGUUGUGAUCUAACAACUUAUUCUCUCUCUACCAGGCGACUAAACAGCACGCAGGGAGAGAUCAGAGUAGGGCCCAGUCACCAAGUAAGUCUCCUUACAUGUAUUAUUAAAGUAGCUGUCCAGUGUUUAUACAUUUCUAUUAAAUAUGACCUGUGAUUAAUUACAUUCUCCUGUUAAAGAUAUUUAAACCAUAGUGCUUUGCAACAUGAAGUUCAGACAGCCACUCAGUUAGAUGGUGAUGAAAAGGAUUUGAAAGCUGAUAUUUCACAGGCUAGUCUUGUGGUGCUGUUUGUAGUGUGAUUGACACCAUCUCCCCCCUCUCUUCCCCCCCCCUCCCUAAUUAGGCCAAGCUUCCCGAGCUGCAGCCCUUCCCCUACGAGGCCCCGGGGGGCCUGGGUCAGGCUGUGACCGAGAAUGAGGAGCUGGUGUGGAUGCCAGGGGUCAACGACUGUGACCUGCUCAUGUACCUCAGGGCUGCAAGGUGAAACCUGACCUAUGACCUUUGACCCUACUGUCUGGCGAGAUAAUCCUAUACCUUUUUCCUACUGUCAACUUGCCUCGGCGCUGCUAGGUGAGCUCAGGAGACAUGACCCUGCUCCAUGUCAGAAGGGAAUAGUCCAAUAGAGUACCACAGUAUGAGUCAUAAUACCCAUAAAACCUAGUGGUCAAACAGGGAAAUUGUUCCAAUUGUUUUUCUACCAUUCAUUUUUCCCAUAGGAUUUUUUCCCAUAGGAUUUUAGAAACACUUCAAAUAAGGGCUGUGUUUUGUGUAGGCUUACCCUGGCGUGACGUUUUGAUAACCGUGUAAAUAUCUCUUGGGCAAGGUGACUUUUAUCAAUAUAUUCGCCUGUAUUUACCCCCCAAAAUUAAAUGCUAUUUAGUUGCUAAUGUGGCUAUCAUAAAGAACUACAAAUGCCAUGAUGAUCUGGACGAGACUGCCAAAUCAAGGCAAAGGUAUGAAUCUCUGAAUGUAACUAUCUAAUGUUAGCUGAAUGUAGUAAUUAAUAAAUUGGCUACAUUUCUUUAAAUGUACCUCUUAGCAAAGGUGACAGCUAGAGAUGGCGUGCAGGAGCUUGCAGGGAUUUGUAGUCUUGCAUGAUGUCUACUUUGAUGCUAAUUAGCAUUUUUCGAAUCUGAGCGUAAAUAUAACCAAAUUAUAUUGUUAAAAGACACCUUGUCCUAGAGAUUUACACGGUUAUCUAAACGUUACGCCAGGGUAAGCCUACACGUAACACAGCUCUUAAUUGAAGUGUUUCUAAAAUCCCUUAUGGGGAAAAAUGAAUGGUGGAAAAACGAUUUGAACUAUUUCUCUGUUUGAAUGCUAGGUUUUAUGUGUAUUAUGACACCUCCAGUGUGAAACAGGGUCAAGAGUCCUAGAGUGAUAGAUGUAUUGGAAGGUGUAUAACAAUAUUAAAAAGACGAUUGAUCUUUGUCAGUCUAAGCUGCGAAUGUCUUCUUUCUCUCUGACUUAUAGCUUGUUUGGUGUCGGGUAGAAGUUUCUACAACCGUUAAUGUGCGUUCUCUGACUGUUCUCCAGGAGCAUGGCCGCCUUCGCUGGGAUGUGUGACGGAGGUUCUACAGAAGACGGGUGUCUAGCAGCCUCACGAGACGACACCACACUCAACGCACUUAACACUGUGAGUAGCUGUACAACCCACGCCUGCCAUGUUGUACGUUAUGGUCAUUUAGCAGACACUUAGUCACAGCAUCAGUACCUCUCUACUUUAGACAAACUGACGGGUGAAAAAAUCCUUUGUUCGUCUAAAGUAGAGGUACUGAUGCAGUGACUGUAAGUCGUCAAGUCCACAUUAUCCAGAGCAUGUUGGUGUGUAUCCCCUCUGGAUAAUGUUGACUUUACAUGUUGGGGCGUGUCCCCUUUGGAUAAUGUUGACUUGACGUGUUGGUGUGUGUCCCCUUUGGAUAAUGUUGACUUGACAUGUUGGGGUGUGUCCCCUUUGGAUAAUGUUGACUUGACGUGUUGGUGUGUGUCCCCUUUGGAUAAUGUUGACUUGACAUGUUGGUGUGUGUCCCCUCUGGAUAAUGUUGACUUGACAUGUUGGGGUGUGUCCCCUUCUGGAUAAUUUUGACUUGACAUGUUGGGGUGCGUCCCCUUCUGGAUAAUGUUGACUUGACACGUUGGGGUGCGUCCCCUUCUGGAUAAUGUUGACUUAACAUGUUGGGGUGUGUCCCCUUCUGGAUAAUGUUGACUUAACAUGUUGGGGUGUGUCCCCUCUGGAUAAUGUUGACUUGACAUGUUGGCGUGUGUCCCCUCUGGAUAAUGUUGACUUGACAUGUUGGGGUACGUCCCCUGUAGAUAAUGUUGACUUGACAUGUUGGGGGGUGUCCCCUCUGGAUAAUGUUGACUUGACAUGUUGGGGUGCGUCCCCUGUAGAUAAUGUUGACUUGACAUGUUGGGGUACGUCCCCUGUAGAUAAUGUUGACUUGACAUGCUGGGGUGCGUCCCCUUCUAGAUAAUGUUGACUUGCCAUGUUGGGGUGCGUCCCCUUCUGGAUAAUGUUGACUUGACAUGUUGGGGUGUGUCCCCUUCUAGAUAAUGUUGACUUGACAUGUUGAGGUGCGUCCCUUCUGGAUAAUGUUGACUUAACAUGUUGGGGUGUGUCCCCUCUGGAUAAUGUUGACUUGACAUGUUGGGGUACGUCCCCUGUAGAUAAUGUUGACUUGACAUGUUGGGGUGUGUCCCCUGUAGAUAAUGUUGACUUGACAUGUUGGGGUGUGUCCCCUGUAGAUAAUGUUGACUUGACAUGUUGGGGUGUGUCCCCUGUAGAUAAUGUUGACUUGUUGGGGUGUGUCCCCUCUGGAUAAUGUUGACUUGACAUGUUGGGGUGCGUCCCCUGUAGAUAAUGUUGACUUGACAUGUUGGGGUGUGUCCCCUGUAGAUAAUGUUGACUUGACAUGUUGGGGUGUGUCCCCUGUAGAUAAUGUUGACUUGACAUGUUGGGGUGCGUCCCCUUCUGGAUAAUGUUGACUUGACAUGUUGGGGUGCGUCCCCUUCUGGAUAAUGUUGACUUGACAUGUUGGGGUGUGUCCCCUCUGGAUAAUGUUGACUUGACAUGUUGGGGUGCGUCCCCUGUAGAUAAUGUUUACUUGACAUGUUGGGGUGUGUCCCCUGUAGAUAAUGUUGACUUGACAUGUUGGGGUGUAUCCCCUGUAGAUAAUGUUGACUUGACAUGUUGGGGUGCGUCCCCUUUUAGAUAAUGUUGACUUGACUUGUUGGGGUGUGUCCCCUCUGGAUAAUGUUGACUUGACAUGUUGGGGUGCGUCCCCUGUAGAUAAUGUUUACUUGACAUGUUGGGGUGUGUCCCCUGUAGAUAAUGUUGACUUGACAUGUUGGGGUGUAUCCCCUGUAGAUAAUGUUGACUUGACAUGUUGGGGUGCGUCCCCUUCUGGAUAAUGUUGACUUGACAUGUUGGGGUGUGUCCCCUUCUGGAUAAUGUUGACUUGACAUGUUGGGGUGCGUCCCCUUCUGGAUAAUGUUGACUUGACAUGUUGGGUUGCGUCCCCUUCUGGAUAAUGUUGACUUGACAUGUUGGGGUGCGUCCCCUUCUGGAUAAUGUUGACUUGACAUGUUGUGGUGUGUCCCCUUCUGGAUAAUGUUGACUUGACAUGUUGGGGUGCGUCCCCUGUAGAUAAUGUUGACUUGACAUGUUGGGGUGCGUCCCCUUCUAGAUAAUGUUGACUUGACUUGUUGGGGUGUGUCCCCUCUGGAUAAUGUUGACUUGACAUGUUGGGGUGCGUCCCCUGUAGAUAAUGUUGACUUGACAUGCUGGGGUGCGUCCCCUUCUAGAUAAUGUUGACUUGCCAUGUUGGGGUGCGUCCCCUUCUGGAUAAUGUUGACUUGACAUGUUGGGGUGUGUCCCCUUCUAGAUAAUGUUGACUUGACAUGUUGAGGUGCGUUCACUCUAGAUAAUGCUGACUUGACAUGUUGGGGUGCGUCCCCUGUAGAUAAUGUUGACUUGACAUGUUGGGGUGCGUCCCCUCUAGAUAAUGUUGACUUGACAUGUUGGGGUGCGUCCCCUGUAGAUAAUGUUGACUUGACAUGUUGGGGUGCGUCCCCUGUAGAUAAUGUUGACUUGACAUGUUGGGGUGUGUCCCCUGUAGAUAAUGUUGACUUGACAUGUUAGGGUGUGUGUCCAUGAAAGCAGAAGGGAUGCAGGCUUUAAUGAAUCAAUAAUGCAACAUUUAACAUCUGUCUCUAAUUGUAGUUUAUACAUUCACCUUCUGCAGUACUGUUAUUUUUGUCCAUAGAUAACAUAAAAAUAUAGUUUCAAGAAGAAAAUAUUCUGAAUAUUGAACUGACACGUUUCUCCCUCAGCUCCACGAGAGCAGUUAUGACGCAGGCAAGGCCCUACAGCGCCUGGUGAAGAAGCCUGUUCCAAAACUCAUAGAGAAGUGCUGGUCAGAGGACGAAGUGGUAAGACACUCAUUAUUAUUAUUAUUUUAUAACCUUUAA